AUGCACUGCUUUGCCUAUGGCUGCUGCUACUCCUCUGAGACCGGCGAGACGAGCGCACAGACUGACCUGUACCUGGAGCACGAGCACAACCAGUGCUUCCUUGAUGGCCGUCCCCCAGUGCUCGUGGGGGGUGCGCUCUACUUAGUCGAGGACUCUGGCAUUGGCAAGCUGCUGCGGUACGAUCUUCUGGGUGGGCGUGGCCUGUCGGUGAUGAAGCUACCUCCUGCCAACCUUCUCGGUACGAGUACCGUUGUCAUGACAGCAAGCAAUGGUGGGCUGGGAUUAGCCACCUUUUAUCGUGGCAUGCUAUUCCUGUGGUCGACUGAGACGGGUCCUAACGGAGAUGCCAAAUGGGCGCACAUCAAUAUCAUCCAACUUGAGAAGCUGCUCCCGGUUGGCAUUCGUAUGAGCUUAGCAUGUUUGAGUGGAUUUGCUGAAGACGCCAAUGUCAUUUUCUUGAGCACAGAUGACAAUGGAAUCUUCACUAUUGAGCUCAAGUCAUUGCUGACCAGGAAGGUGUGUGACAUGGGCAAUGUCAACCGUGUCUUUCCCUACGUGAGCUUCUACACUCCAGCUGGUACGGCCACUCGUGUAUCUCCCAUCUUUGUUUGGAUCACUGCAAUCUGUGACUAUUCAGUCAGGCAUAUAUAG